AUGGAUGGGAAGUCGAAGCCUGGGGUGCCGUACGGCGGGAUGACCGACACGUGGGCGAAGAAGCACCGUCUGAUCUACAUUGGAGCCACCCGACACCCUUUUAUCCUCAGCAUUCGUGACGGCACCGUCGAUCUUUCAGCCUUCAAACGAUGGCUGGGGCAAGACUACAUAUUUGUUAGGGCGUUUGUGCCUUUUGUAGCGAGUGUGCUGAUCAGGGCUUAUAAGAAAGGUGAUGAGAGUAGUGGUGAUAUGGAAGUGAUAUUGAGUGGUUUGGGUUCUCUGAAUGAUGAGAUUGCAUGGUUCAAGCAAGAGGCUUCCAAAUGGGGUGUUGACCUCUCUCAAGUUGCCCCUGAAAAACCAACCCAACAUUACUGCAGAUUUCUAGAGGAAUUAAUGAGGCCAGAGGUUGAUUAUACUGUGGCCACGGCAGCCUUUUGGGCCAUUGAAACUGUGUACCAAGAGAGCUUUGCCCAUUGUCUGGAAGAGGGGUCCAAAACCCCACCAGAGCUACAAGAGGCUUGCCAGAGAUGGGGCAAUGAUGGGUUUGGUCACUACUGCUCAUCUCUCCGAAACAUAGCUGACCGUCAGUUGGAGAAGGCGGCUUCAGGCAGCGAGCCUCUGGUGAAGGUUUCAGAAGAUGUGGUGAGCAAAGCUGAAGUAACAUUCCUGCGUGUGCUUGAAUAUGAGGUUGAUUUCUGGAACAUGAGCUGUGGAACAGCUGGACACUCUGCUGCUCCAAAACCCUAA